UGAUUUCAGUCAUUAACCCUGUGUUUCUGUGUCAGUGGCAAUGGUGUGGCUCUCUCCCCUCUCAGUCUAUACCGGGGUUGAUCCUAGCAGCAGGGCUCAGACAGUGGGGCCAUGCUGUGAUAUGGGGCAGUCAAAACUGGACUGGGAGAACAGCAGCUCUGUCGCGGGACAUAUUGCGUCUUAUGCUGAUGAACCGCUUUGCAGUCCUUGGACCUACUAACCUCAGAAAGAAGAAGUUGGCGUUAGAGUCUCGAAACGCGGUGUUAAAUCGUGACAAACCUCAGACCUGCGGUUUUCAACGUGGGCGAACCCGCGCUGAUAAAUGGAAACGGUGAUCCUCGAGUGAGAAAACAGCGGUAUGGACGACGACGGCUACUCCGUGGGGGAGGCAGGACUCUAUCUGCACAACACCUCGAUCCAACUCAUCCGCAGAAAAGAGACGCGGUUACUGCGAAUGGUUCAGCUUUUAACCGUGGUGGUCCUGCUACUGAGUUCAGCAGCUGUGGCUUUACUUGUUGUACUGGGAGGGCGAGGUCCCGAGUCACUGCACGACCAGCUCAUGAAGCAGCCGGACAGCCAAUCAUCAGGAAUCAGCGACAAACAGCAGCAACUUUCAGGCUUGGAGAAUCCAAGCGCAUUGCUAACAGCUCCAUUUGAGAAAAACACUGAUGGGAAAUACCUUCUAUGGGAAAGUAAGAUAGGAAACGCCCACUGUCACGGAGGCUUCAACUACUCAAGUGGGAACCUUGUGGUGCCCAGGAACGGCGUCUACAGAGUCUUCCUGCAGAUCACCUACGAGGGUGAGCGUGGCCCUGAGUGCUCGGGUGAAGAGGUACUCAGUAACAUCGUGUACUGGAUCAGAGACAGUUACGGUGGGGAAAGGCCUCUGCUGUCAGCAGUGGACACAGUGAGCUGCAGGAUGAAGCACUGGAGUAAAUCCCUAUACACAGCCGGCUCCUUUCUCCUGGAGGCUAACAGCAGACUACGUGUGAAUUCAACACACCCUCAGCUGAUCGCUAACAAUGAAUACCAGGUGUUCUUCGGUGCUGAACUCCUGCCUCAGUGACCAGGUCAGACAGUCACAAACACCUGAGUCCACCCUGAGGUUGAUGCUCCCUCCACUCCAUGAAAACCUCAGGGAAGAAACCAGUGUAAGCUGCUGGUAUCUGCUUGACUGCAGAUUUGAUUGAUGUCACUGAUGUUAUCACGCUAUCCACAAGAGAACAUCCCUAACAUGAGAAAGAAGCAUUUUGUCAGAAACAAUCAGUCGUUUGAAUGAAGCAUCUAUUUUUGAAAAAAGUUGUUGUUUAAUCAAGAAAAAAAUUAUUCUUCUGUUUUAUAUCGUCAAAUGAAUAGGAUUCUAAUUUACAACUGAGUGUGAUUUGGACAAUUUGGAGAUACGAGCUUGUGCUCUGGCUGGAGGAUAGAUAAACAGCUAUUAGAUUUUAAUAUACCUUGUUUACAAGUGAAAAGUUCAUAGGUCACCUUAAAGUAUUAAGAUUGAUUCCACAGGAAAACCAGUGUCAGUUUGGUCUUGCUCCAAAAUGCUGGAAACUUUGACAUAUGGAUUGAGUGUGGUUUUUUUCUGCUGUGCUGGAGCAAGCAUUUCUUCAUAGGAAAGAGAAUAAAUGACUCCAAAUGCAGUCAUUAAAACAUGUUGCGUUCCUGACACAUGCAUGUAAGCACACAUCGUCUCAACCCUAAAUAUCCAUCUGACUUCAGAAGCUUUCAGCAGCAACAAGACAUUUUAGUUUGUUGUUUCAUCUUUGAAAGGAUUAAUAAUUUAAUGAUUAAUCAUUUGUAAGGCAUUUUCCACUGUUGUAACCACUUGUUGAGACAGAGACAGUGUUGGACCGACUUCAAAGCCAGAGGAUAGAGUUAGAGGGUCUAGAGUAAUGAGCAGACAGAUAAUUGGUCAGAUGUGAUGACGAAGUUUUGAAGUGGAAAAGCAGAAGUGAGAGGGAGGACUAAAGUCAGACUGGGUAGGCCUAGAGCUGUAGAAUCUAAAGGGUCGCAGACAUUGGUGUAACACUUAGUAUUAUUAUUACUAUUUAUUAUUAUUAUUGUUAAGAGAAGUCAAGUAAUUGGAUGUUUUUAUUUUUUCCCACAAGCAUCUGAAUGUGAUCAGCACUGUACUGUGAUUUAUCAUCAUCAUCAUCAUCAUCAUUAUUGGAAUUUGAAUGAAUGGUCCAGAGGAAGUGUGUUGGCCUCUUCAAGCCAUAAAAGGCUGAAUAACUCUGUUGUUUGUACAUUCUUCAUUGUGUUGCUAUAGUGAGCUCAGUGUGUUUGAUAAGGGAAAUUUGACAAGUAGUAAACAUUGAGUAUUUACGGGCAGACUGUAAACCACACCCACACAGUCCUGCUGCCAUGGCCACAAUUUUGUGGUGUGUCUAAUCAAGUAGUAAAUGUGAAAAAUGACUUUCACCAACGCACCAAACCAAAUGCCUCCAACAAGAGAGUUAGAUUUCUACUGUCAGUGUGAAUGACACUCAUAUCUGUUGUGAAACUUACCUGUUAAAAUAGAAGAUGCUGGAAAGUGUGGGGAGCUGUCAAUGUCUCAGAGCUGGUGUCAUGUCUGACUCAGGGUGCUACAGAAAUCAAUGUGAUGAGGGAUUGUGCUCAGUUUGUGUGUGAAUGAAUUUGACUUUUUUCACAAUGGGGUUUGUUUGUAAGCUGAUAAAAAAUAUAUGGAAAAGGGUUUUUCUCUCUUUUUGUAACAUGAAUGUGCUGCUGUAUGUACGCUCAUAUAAAGCUAUUUAUCAAGACUAACAAUUUGUUUUCUUCCUGUUGUUUUGUCUUAAUUAAAUUAUUCAAUUCA